UUACACUGCACCUGGUAAAAAUCCCGCUGCAAUUAUCAUUUCAAAUAAGUCAAUGAACUCCAAUUAUUACGAUGAAGUGGGACCGCGGGAGGGUACAAAAUUCGUGGCGGGAACGAACUCUCACUCGCCGCCUUCAUACGGGCAAUCCGGGUCGGGCCCCACGGCCCAAACCCUAGACUCGCCUCUGUCAGCCGACACGUAAACGAAUUCUUACGUAAUCGGGUAUGUAAAAUGGAGCCCAUAUUCGCGCCAUCAAAACCACCGUUGCGUCUGCGUCACAGCGAUGGUGAACACUUUGUCGGUACGCUCCUGGCGCACGAUAGUUGCUCCCCGCACCCUAUUGGCCAAUCGCGUGUAUAAAUUUCAACUACUUUGCGCUUCAAUUGCAACAAUCGCAGUCGCAGAGAGAAGCUCAAUUCUCUGAAUGAUUAGGUUGUCUGAGGCUUAAAUGGAUCGAACACAUUUUGAAAAUGGAAUCGAAGAAGUUCGGAUGCUUCCUUCUUUCGAUGACGAACAUGGAGGUGUCAUAGUGGAAAUGGAGGUGCCUAUGGACCCUAAUGAUUUUGGCGUGAUUCUAAGAUGUUCGAUCUCGAAAUGGAAGCUGCAGGGAAAGAAGGGAGUGUGGAUCAAGCUACCAAUUGAACUUGUGAAUCUUGUUGAAGCAGCAGUUAAGGAAGGAUUUCUGUAUCACCAUGCUGAGCCUCACUAUUUGAUGCUUGUGUACUGGAUUCCCGAAACUUUUAGUACCAUCCCGGCAAAUGCAUCGCACCGGCUCCGAAUUGGUGCUAUUGUUUUGAAUGAUAACAGAGAGUUGGUUGUCGUUCAAGAAAAACAAGGCAGUUUUCGAGGAACGGGUAUUUGGAAGAUCCCUACAGGAAUUGUCGAAGAGGGAGAAGAUAUCUUUUUAGGUGCAAGAAGAGAAGUAAAAGAGGAAACUGGAAUUGAUACAGAAUUCGUGGAUGUGCUGGCAUUCAGGCAAGUGCACAAUACCUUUUUCGGGAAGUCGGAUUUAUUUUUUCUGUGCAUGUUACGACCUUUAUCCUUCGACAUCCAUAAACAAGAUUCGGAGAUUGAGGCAGCCAAGUGGAUGCCAAUUGCAGAAUACGAAGCACAGCCUUUUGCCCAAAAACACUAUAUUUACAAGUAUGCAGCCCAUCUCUGCCUAGCAAAGGUCGACGGUGUUUGCACUGGAUUUGUUCCUCUGCCAGUAGCAUCAUCUUUCAACGAUGAAACUAGCUACCUUUAUGUCAACAACAAGGAUCUCAGCCUUUGAUAUAUUAUCUCCAAGAAUUCCUCUCUACUGCUAUUUUAUUAAGAUUUGUUCAGAAAUUUUACUUAUCUCGUUCUAAUCAAGAAUCAUUAGGGUUUCGAUUUAUUUAAAAUUUCCUUGAAGAAACUAUCGAGAUAAUAUUUUAAUUUUCAAAUAGUAGUUGUAACAUAAAAUAAUUAUCCCGGGUCAUCAUGCGCUGUAAGAUGAAUCAUGAAGUGAUAAUCUAUAGCAAUUAACAUGUGGUGAGGGGGACCAAUGUUAUCUGCUUCCUAGAUUUUCCUUACAUUCUCGUUUUUGUGUACACAAAACGAGCUUCUUGAUUUUCCUAUUUUUUCAACGCUAAUAUUGUGUGGUUUUACGUAUUCUAGUGAGGAGCUAGAUGUUGCACCUGAUUAUUUAUAUUGGGUGAAUCUCAACCGUAUAUCUUAUCAAAUAACCACCUAAUAAGCACAGAUGCACGGUGCAGUUUACACA